GCGGCCAACGCGGACCACGCAAUGGCAAAGUUCCACCUGGCUGGAUGCUAUCACGAUGGCAUCGGAGUCGACAAAGACCAAAUCAAGGCUAUCCAAUUGUAUCGCAGUCUUGCAGAACAGGGGAUCCCUCGGGCCCAAAUCGCUCUCGGCCAAUAUUACGAGAGCGGCGAAGGUGUCGAUCAAGACUUGAACACAGCCAUCGAUUGGUAUUCCAAGGCUGCAGACCAAGGCAGCGACGAUGGUCGACUCCACAUCUUCUGGAUUGGAGAAUGCCACUACGGGGGCCACGGAGCAUCGCAGGAUUACGAGAAGGCCUUUGAAUGGUACAGCAAGUCUGCCAACCAAGGCAAUUCGUACGGACAGUGGAUGGUUGGUGUGUGCUUCUCCAACGGCGAGGGAGUCGCCAAGGUCGACGCCAAGGCAAUCGAGUGGCUCUGCAAAUCGGCCGAGCAGGGCAAUCGGUACGGACAAGAUUGGCUCGGCGACUGCUAUGAAGAAGGCUGGGGUGUCACCAAGAACAUCGACACAGCCGUUUUCUGGUUCCGCAAGUCGGCCGAUCAGGGA